CCUGCAUCCUCUUCCACCGCCUCCUCCUCCCUCCUUCACCUCCUCGAUCCUCCCCACCAUAAUCCCACCUCGAAAUCGCAUCGCAUCGGCCUCUCCCCUUAAACCCUAAUCCUCCAAAUCCGAACCCACUUCUUCCUUUAUCCUCAGUAAUGGAAGUCGAAGUCAAGCUACGCCUCCCGGACGCCGCUGCCCACCGCCGUCUCACGACUCUUCUCUCCUCCUUCCACAUUAAAACCCUUCACCAGCGGAAUUUCUUCUUCGAUACUUCACAGAGUGACCUCUCCUCUCGUCGCGCCGUCCUCCGCCUCCGCUUCCUCGAGAACGACGCCGUUUCUCGCUGCAUCGUCUCCCUCAAAUCGAAGCCCACCCUUGUCAAUGGAAUCAGCCGCGUUGAAGAGAAUGAGGAGGAUCUCGAUUUUUCCGUCGCCAGAGAAUGCGUUGAUGAUCCUUCAAAGUUGCUAUCCAUCGAAUCGAGGGUCUUGAAGAGAGUUGGGGAGGAGUUCGGGGUUGGGGCUGAAGUGGGGCUCGCUUGCUUGGGCGGGUUUGAGAACUUGAGGGAAGUCUACGAAUGGAAUGGGGUCAAACUGGAGGUCGACGAGACGAGGUAUGCAUUUGGUACUUGUUACGAGAUUGAGUGCGAGAACGAGGAUCCUGAAAGGAUCAAGAAAAUGAUCGAGGAGUUUUUGAGAGAGAAUGAGAUUGGAUUUUCUGAUUCUGAGAUGACCAAGUUUGCUGUUUUCCGAUCCGGAAAGCUGCCUCAGCAGGUCAUCAGCUAAUAUGAGCGUUGGUGGGUUAUUUGUUGGGGCUGGCAAUGAAACGAGGUUUUGACAUUAACAUUCUGCCACGACCCAGUGACGAUUUUAUUCUGCUGUCCCUCGUCUUAGCUACUCUCACGGUGCCCUUUCUGUUCGCAUGCUAGUAUGCAAUAAAAUACGAAAUUCUUAUCAUUGUGUACUCGCUUGAAGUUCAGGAACAAAUUUCUUGCUUUGUGUGUUUGCAAUAAAAUUUCGAUUAAUGAUCAUCUCGUAUAUUUUUGUUUUGUCAAUAAUAUAUUUGAGCCGUGGUUACACUGUCA